AGUCUCCAACCUCAAACCCGGAACAAACCUGCAUCUCGCAGGUCAUACCCCACUGUCACAUUGGCUCGAUUAAAAAAGAUGAUACCUGCAUCUUCAAUCAUUUCAUCCAAGUGCCCUGACAACACCGCUCUUGUCGACGAACAUUGUUUAUUAAAUACGUGCCCAGUUUAUCCCGUCGGUAAAGAGGCGACACGAUUGAAAGGAACGUCUAUGUCUACCUGGGUACGUAUCAACUACUUCCAUUUCUAUACAGGAGAGGAUCGUUUUAACGGGCCUGGAGAUCCACCUCGCCAAUACCUCACAGAAAUGCCGCGCGAUGGCAUAGAAACAUUCCAGAUCAACGCCAAUACGCUCAUUUUAAUCUCAGCGCUGAGCGUAUUAGCUUUGAUGUUCAAAUGUGCGUAUUGGCGUUGA